CUGGCCGGGUGCCGGCUGAGGAGCCACGGUCCGGCAUGAGGGGCUGGGGUCUGGCUGCCCCCUCCUUGUCGCUGCAGCUCCAUGGGAUGCCUGCGGAGCCUCACUGGGCUCUGCGUGGCCGGGCUCCUGCCCCGCGCGGCGGGGUUGCCCCGGAGGACCCUGUGUGCCCUGGCCUUGGGUUUGACCCCAGUGGCUCGCCCUGCUGCCGUCUGUGGCCGCGCCAGCCACCUACAAAGACUUACAGGUGAAGUGCAUCGGUUUAGAACAUCUGAUGUCUCUCAAGCCACAUUAGCCAGUGUAGCCCAGGUAUUUACCGUGACAAAAUUUGACACAGAAGGAAAUGUUUCUUCUUUUGAAAAGAAGAAAACAGAAUUAUACCAGGAGUUAGGUCUUCAAGCCAGAGAUUUGAGGUUUCAGCAUGUGAUGAGCAUUACCACCAGAAACAACAGGAUCAUCAUGAGAAUGGAGUAUUUGAAAGCUGUGGUAACUCCGGAGUGUCUUCUGAUACUAGAUUAUCGGAAUUUAAACUUGGAGCGAUGGCUGUUCCGAGAACUCCCGUCGCAGCUGGCUGGAGAGGGUCAGCUUGUCACAUACCCUUUACCUUUUGAGUUCCGAGCUAUAGAAGCACUCCUGCAGUAUUGGAUCAAUACUCUUCAAGAGAAACUUAGCAUUUUGCAGCCACUCAUCCUUGAGACACUAGACGCUUUAGUGGAUCCCAAGCAUUCUUCUGUAGACAGAAGCAAAUUACACAUCCUACUACAGAAUGGCAAAAGUCUGUCAGAGUUAGAAACAGAUAUUAAAAUUUUCAAAGAGUCAAUUUUGGAGAUCUUGGAUGAUGAGGAGUUGCUAGAAGAGCUUUGUCUGACCAAGUGGAGUGACCCACACGUCUUUGAGAAGAGCAGUACUGGGAUUGACCAUGCAGAAGAAAUGGAAUUGCUCCUCGAAAACUACUACCGAUUGGCUGAAGAUCUUUCUAAUGAAGCUCGUGAACUUAGGGUACUAAUUGAUGACUCGCAGAGUAUUAUCUUCAUCAAUCUAGAUAGUCACCGGAAUGUGAUGAUGAGGUUAAAUCUACAGCUGACCAUGGGAACCUUCUCGCUCUCUCUCUUUGGACUAAUGGGCGUUGCUUUUGGAAUGAAUUUGGAAUCUUCUCUUGAAGAGGACCAUCGAGUGUUCUGGCUGAUUACAGGAAUUAUGUUUAUGGGAAGUGGCCUCAUCUGGAGGCGUUUGCUUUCAUUCCUUGGAAGACAACUAGAAGCCCCAUUGCCUCAUAAGAUGGCCUCUAUACCUAAAAAGGCCCUUCUGGCAGAUAGAAGGAUGGAUGUGAAGAGCAGCCUGAGACCAGAUGGACUUGGACCGAACAGGACUGUCCUAACAAACCGCUAACAUCCACCUGGGGGGUAGUCUAUAUUUUUUUAUACUUCUGAUAAUUUAUUUUCUUUUAUAGAGUCAUAUGCUCAAAAAAAGAUUCAUAUGUAAAAUGUCUGAUUAUAAAAAAUAGAGCAUUCUUAAUAAUAGAACUCGAUUGCAUUUCCAGAAUAUUAAGCAAGGUGCUUUCUUUGUAAAAGGCCAAAAUUCUAUUUCCUAGAAACUUAAAUACUGUUUUAUAGGCAUGCUAUGAAACAGACUAAUUUCAGGGUGACCGUUAGAUAGACUUUAUAUCUUAAUUUAAGUGCAGUUUUCUGCCAAAUGAAGCCAAGGAACUUGAAGCCACGGUCAUUGAGAUCAGGUAACCACAGUUCUUAAGUACAGGGAAUUAGGUUCAUCCAAGCUCAUAGUACUAGAAAGCUGGCAUAUGCCAGGUGCCAGUGGCUCAUGCCUGUAAUCCUACCUACUCAGGAGGCUGAGAUCUGACGAUCACAGUUCAA